AGGGAAAUACAGAUCCUUUGUCCUUUGGCGGGUAAAUGUGAAGUUAUUUGAUCUCUCGUAACUCGUAAACGAUGUGUCGUACAAACACUCUGAAAGCGAAAAUCACAAUGGACAAAAUUGUAAUCAUUGACCCUCAUCCCCAACAAGCAGCCGUUGUGGUUAAAAUGGCACACUCAUGGAGUUUCACUUACGCAUUCCCAUCUUCAAAGCCCAUUCACCCACUCUUCGUCUGUCAACUCCAUCAUGCCAUUACCCAAAAACCACCACCUCCAUCUCUACCUCCUCUUCUUCCUCUUCCUCCUCUCCAACGCCGCCGCAGCCGACGAGCUUCAAAUCCUACUAAAACUCAAAUCCUCCCUCCAGGACUCGAACUCCCAACUCUUCGCCACAUGGGACUCCACCGCCAAUUCGUUUUGCAAAUUCACCGGAAUCACCUGCAACGACGUCGGUUCGGUUCGAGAAAUCGAACUUUCGAACCAGAAGCUGUCGGGGUCUCUUCCGCUGGACUCCAUAUGCCAACUUCCCUCAUUAGAAAAGCUCGCUUUCGGGUCCAAUUUCCUGCACGGUACAAUCACGGAGGACUUGAGAAACUGUACGAAGCUGAAAUACCUGGAUUUGGGGAAAAACUUGUUCGCGGGUUCAUUCCCUGACAUAUCUUCCUUGUCCCAACUGGAGCAUCUUCAUCUGAACGGCAGCUGGUUUUCCGGGAUUUUCCCGUGGACUUCCCUCACCAACAUGACUGGUCUGAUUCGUUUGAGCUUGGGUGACAACCCGUUUGAUCCCAGCCCGUUUCCAAAGGAAGUUGAAAAUCUUAAAAAGCUCGAGUGGCUCUACUUGGCAAACUGCAGCAUCCAAGGAACAAUACCAAGUGAAAUCGGGAACUUGGUCGAGCUUAUCAACCUGGAGUUGUCCGAUAACAACAUGACCGGAGAAAUUCCGGUCGAGAUUGGACAGCUCACCAAGCUCUGGCAGCUGGAGCUCUACAUCAACAGGUUCACCGGAAUGCUUCCUUUCGGGCUAAGAAACCUCACCAUUCUCGAGAACUUCGACGCCUCUGAGAAUUUUCUGGAAGGCGAUUUGAACGAGUUGAGGUUUCUGACCAACUUGGUUUCUCUGCAGCUGUAUGACAACAAUUUUUCCGGCGAAGUACCGGAAGAGUUCGGCGAAUUAAACAAGCUUGUGAAUCUGUCUUUGUACGGUAACAAGCUGACCGGUCCUCUGCCUCAGAAAUUGGGUUCUUGGUCGGAGAUGGGCUUCAUCGACGUGUCGGAGAACUUCUUGACCGGGACUAUUCCGCCGGACAUGUGCAACAAAGGGACGAUGAAGCAGCUGCUCAUGCUUCAGAACAAAUUAACUGGCGAAAUUCCGGCAAACUACGCCAAGUGCACGACGUUGACCCGGUUCAGGGUCAACAACAACUCCCUCUCCGGUGUGGUUCCGGCAGGACUUUGGGGAUUGCCGAAUGUGGCAAUCAUUGACAUCACUUCGAAUCAAAUUGAAGGGCCGAUUACUUCCGAUAUCGGAAACGCCAAGAAGCUUGCGCAGUUGUUUGUGAGUUACAAUCGGUUAUCUGGUGAAUUACCGGACGAGCUUUCGAAGUCAACUUCGUUGGUUUCGGUUAUGUUGAAUAACAAUCAGUUUUCCGGUAAGAUUCCGGCGAAGAUAGGGGACUUGAAGCAAUUGGGUACUCUGCAUUUAGAGAGCAACUUGUUGUCUUCUUCGAUUCCCAAGUCAUUGGGAAGCUGUAGUUUCCUGAGUGACUUGAACACGGCGAACAACUCGCUUUCCGGUGAAAUCCCAUCAUCUUUGGGCUCUUUGCCGACCUUGAAUUCUCUGGAUUUGUCUCACAACCAACUCUCCGGUAAAAUCCCGGAAAGUCUAGCAUCUCUGAGACUAAGCAUGCUUGAUCUUUCGCACAACAGACUGACCGGUGCCGUACCGGAAUCUCUCUCGAUUGCAGCCUACAACGGCAGCCUUUCCGGUAACCCGGGUCUCUGCAGCAUGGACAUCACCUACUUCCCACGGUGCUCGCCGAAAAAGGAAAUGUCCGACGAUGUCAGGACACUCAUUAUUUGCUUCUCAGUGGGUACAGCAAUAUUGUUUGUUUCACUCAUUUGCUUCUCGUUCUUAAAGAGGAAGGAGAAAGAUCAAGACCGUUCAUUGAAGGAAGAAUCUUGGGAUGUAAAGUCUUUCCAUGUAAUAACCUUCAGUGAGGAUGAGAUUCUUGAUUCCAUUACUCAAGAGAAUCUAAUUGGAAAAGGAGGUUCUGGAAAUGUCUACAAAGUGUCACUAGCCAAUGGCAAAGAAGUCGCCGUGAAGCACAUAUGGAACACUGAUCCAAGCGGCCGGAAAAUGUUCAAGAGCACCACACCGAUGCUCGGGAGACGGGGCAGUGGUAGUUCGAAAUCGAAGGAAUUUGAUGCUGAGGUGCAGACGUUGAGCUCAAUAAGGCAUGUGAAUGUGGUGAAGUUGUUCUGCAGCAUUACUAGUGAGGACUCGAGCCUUUUGGUCUACGAGUACUUACCGAACGGAAGCUUGUGGGAUCGGCUGCACACGUGUGAGAAGAUGAAGCUUGAUUGGGACGCAAGGUAUGAGAUUGCAGUCGGAGCAGCCAAAGGGUUGGAGUAUCUGCACCAUGGCUGUGAGAGGCUAGUGAUUCAUAGAGAUGUCAAGUCGAGUAACAUUUUGUUAGAUGAGUUUUUGAAGCCCCGGAUCGCGGAUUUUGGGCUCGCCAAGAUGGUUCAGACUAAUGCAAUUAAGGACUCGUCUCAUGUUGUUGCUGGAACACACGGUUACAUAGCUCCUGAAUAUGGUUACACCUACAAGGUGAAUGAGAAGAGCGAUGUGUAUAGCUUUGGUGUAGUACUAAUGGAGCUAGUGACCGGGAAAAAGCCGAUAGAUCCAUCCUUUGGGGACAACAAGGACAUAGUGAACUGGAUAUGUGGCAACCUGAAGAGUAGAGAGAGCGUGUUAGGUGUGGUGGACUCGUACGUUCCUGAGGCCUAUAGGGAAGAGGCUAUCAAGGUAUUGAGAAUUGCAAUUCUAUGCACAGCUAGGCUUCCAGAGCUAAGACCUUCCAUGAGAAGUGUCGUUCAAAUGCUUGAAGAAGCUCACGAGCCAAUGAAAUUGCUGGACAUUGUUAUCAGCAAAGAUGGUUCUAGUAAGAAAAUGGAAGUACUUAAAGGAACAGAGAAGUGAAAAUCCAGACUCGGGUUCGAAAAUUAGUUGGAGCAACUCGAUCGUCGCGUCCAUGGUUAUAAUUAAAUUCUACUUAAACAACUUGGAAAUACGAUGUAGUAUAUGACAACUGAGAAUAGUGGCUGCAACUAUAAUAGCCAGAGCCACCAAAAUUAUGUAUGUUUUGUAAUAUUGUUAAUGCAUAAGAGUGGCCAAGGCUCUUUUUUGUACCA